CAGGAGUGAGUGAACAACUGGCGUUGACGCGGAAAUUAUGGCAACAUCUCCAAGGAUCUGAAGAAACUCGUCUGAGAAAUGUUCGUUCGAAAACCCUAGAUCGACGAAUUGACAUCGCCUUGUGCUUGGCCGAUGCUUGAGAUCGAUGAGUGUCACAGCAGUAGAUGAAGAUCGACGGGAGCGAGAAUUUCAGGUUUGAGGAACUCGCGGAUCUGGACAUGGAUUUGGAGAAGAAAGCGAUGACGUCGGAGAGGUCAUUUUCAUCUUCGUCUUCAUCGUCGGAGACGCCGUCGCUAGCGGCGAAGGCCAUAAGAGCGUCUUCGGCUCACAGAGAUUCUUCUCUUUCCUCUGCCUACUCCUCUCCCUCUCCCGCUCGAGCUCCUCCCAUGUUUGCUUCUUCAAUCGAACAAGAGGUGAAGCCCCAUGAGUACACGUCCAUGAAAAGUUUGAACGAACCAAAACGGAGCUUCUGGGGAACUUUGGCCAGCAAAGCCAAGGCUCUUUUGGAUGAGGACGACCCAAACAUACCGUCUCAAAGUCCCUCCAGAACGCCGCAAGACAUGCCUUCCCAGGCUUUAGGAACUAAGGAAGCCAGUAAGAUGGGCAAGAAAGUUGAGAACCAUUCAUUGCAGAGAAGCUUAGAUGCAAUCACAUCAUCCUUAAAUUACAUCGGAGGCACAAUUGGUAGCGUGGUCGAGGAGGGUUUUACAGUUGUGGAGAACCGUACUGCGGGUAUCAUUCAAGAGACGCGUAAAAAAAUCAAGAAGAAGCCAGGAAGUGGUUCUGUUUCACGGAAUCAGGCUGUGAAACAAUCUCAGCCGAACCAGCAGAAUUCCCAGACUCUGACGGACUUAGAGAUUCAACUAAAGGCAUCUCGCGACGUUGCAAUGGCCAUGGCAACCAAAGCAAAGCUGCUUCUCCGGGAGCUGAAGACAGUAAAAGCUGACCUGGCCUUUGCAAAGCAACGAUGUGCCCAGCUGGAGGAGGAAAACAAGGUUCUUCGAGAGAGUCAUAACAGAGGAGACAGCCCAGAGGAUGAUGAUCUGAUACGACUUCAACUCGAAACACUGCUUGCAGAGAAGGCUCGGUUGGCUCACGAGAACUCGGUAUAUGCCCGGGAAAAUCGGUUUCUAAGAGAGGUAGUUGAAUAUCACCAGCUGACAAUGCAGGACGUUGUCUACUUGGACGAGAAGACCGAGGAAGUAACAGAAGUAUAUCCCGUUAAAGUCACUUCAGUGUCCAAUGUCGCUCCACCAGAAUUCACAGAGAUUUUCCCCACUCCUCCAAACUCCAAAGCCAAGGAGCCCAAGUAACAAAAAAAAAAAAAAGGAAAUCUCAUUGUUCUGUUCUGUUCUGUUCGGUUGGAGUUGCAAUUCAGACAACGUAUUUGUCUGUACUCGUUACUGUACCUGUAGAAAUAUGCUUUUAAAACUCUCUUUAAAAAAAUGUUCUGCCUGCUUAAUGUUA